GGUCCUCACUCCACUCCUGGAUUGCAGCCGCGAUGGAUUAAGAUUGUGCUGGGCGGCAGCCGCAAGAGAGCAGAGUAGCAGCCGCCGCAGCAGCAGCAGCAGCAGCCCCCGAUGCUCCCCAGCACCAUGGGGACCAGGUGGUGCCUCGUGGGCAGCUGGGUCUUCCUGUGCCUUUCCAUGCAAAAGAGCGAAGGGAGAGAAGAAGGCACCUGGGCGGCUGGUCUGGUGAGCUGGACUCCCAAUACAGACUACCUGGCCAGCUGUGACUUCAACAACAACUCCUGGCCCUUUUGCGACUGGACCCAAACCUGUGGCACCAACCAAGGCACCUGGAUACGCACCAGGCAUGAUACGCCCACCCCUGGCACAGGCCCAAGUGGAGAUUAUCCAGAUGGAGGAGGAUACUUCAUCUACCAAGAAGCCAGCAACCUGGUUCCCCACGACCUCAACAGACUUGAGAGCCCCCAGCUGGUGGUCUCCGGAGACAUGUGCAUCGACUUCUGGUAUCACAUGUUUGGCUCCGAGGACUUCAAUGAGCUGCAUGUGACCCUCUUGGGGGAGGACGGCGAGUCUGUGGUGUGGAACCGGACAGGGAGCCAGAGCCCCGCGUGGCAGCACGGGCUCGCCUCAGUCUACUUCAGGAAGGAGAGUCGCCUCAAGGUGGCUUUUGAUGCCGUUCGGGGAUUGACAGAAUAUGGUGACACAGCCAUGGACAAUGUGGUUGUCAGGAGAGGGCCCUGCAGUAAGUGACUCCUUCCUCAGCUCAGUUUUUCA